AUGGGUGCUGGUAGUUCCAAGCCCGACGCUGCGGGCGGCUCGAAGCAUGUCUUCUCCAGCAACUCCCCUGUCCAAUUCUCCUCCAACCUAGUCGAGGCCCUCCAGUCCACCUCCGAGGAAAAAAAGCUCACCCUCGAAAUCAUCAAACAGACGGACUCCUCCCGCGCAAAGGCAAUUGAACUCGAGAUCCAAAACCGCGUCUCGCAAGAACUCCAGCGCCUCCGCGAACGCGAGCAGCAAACCCUCGCCGAGAUCGAAAAGCGCCUCGCCUCGUCAAAAGAAACCGGCUCCCUCCCCGUCUCAGCCGCCACCGCCCCUGCCGUCGCCCCCUCCAGCACCGGUUACCCCGUCGGCUCAUUGAACCUCGAUGCGCCUCGCAUUCCCUUCGCCGGCCGCGAAUACGAGACCCCGGCGCCCGUAGCCGCCCCCGUUGAGAACGUCCAGCAGCAGGAGCUGAACCGCGGUAUCUCGCGCGACUCUGUGAACGCUGAUAUCGAGGCGCUCCGCACUCGUCUCGAUGGCCGCAGGAAGCUGGCUGAUCUGGACGAGGGUGUUUCCAAGGCCCAGUCUGCUGUUAUUGGUUGUCUGCGAUUGAAUGAUCGCCGGCCGUUGGAUUGCUGGCAGGAGGUUGAUGCUUUUAAGAAGGAGGUUGCACGUAUGGAGGCUGCAUUUGUGGAUCGCAUCGUCGGUUAG